AUGGCUGGCCGUGGACGCGAGCUUACGCUUCCUGCUUGGAUGAAAAGACAACAGGAACAAAAAAGCAGUUAUCAUCCUCCAUCUUCAUCGCGUGAAAGUGUAUACUCUGGGCCAUCGGCGCACCAGCAUCAGCGAAUGCCUUCCUCACUGCCGUCUCAAUAUGACAAUGCGCCGGAAGCGCGAAGUGGAAGCUCAAUCACAGCGAAUUUACCUGAUGACCGCCGCCGCGAUUCGCGCCGCAGUCACCGUAUACGCUCGCGCUCGCCGCACCGCAGGGACCGCAGUCGCAGCAAAGAAAAACGCUCUUCGCGCCAUCGUUCGACUCAUGAACGCCGCAGCCGCAGUCGGGAGAAUGAUCGCCACCGUUCCCGCGAUUACAUGGAGCGCCACUCGUCCAGACGUAGUCGGAGCUGCUCCCGUUCAUCGCCACGUGUUGUCCGACGCCGCAAGAAAUCAAAUUUUGAUGUCCGACCGCCUGGUGUGACAGAAGAGAAUGCCGCAGCUUAUGCAGCGCAAGCCAUUUUACAGCAAAAUAUGGCGGCGCUGUCUGGUUCCGUUGGUCCAGCGUCUUUUGGACCGCCGCAAAACGUAAUGACAUCCACUGGAAACUCGUCAGCGCAAUCAUCGUACGCACAUGCAAGCGUAGCGACGGCAUACGGACUGCCUGGCAUGUCGCAGCAGACGCGGCAUGCUCGCCGGCUGUAUGUUGGUGGGAUUGGCGAGAUCUCAGAGGCAGAAAUUACAGUAUUCUUUAAUGACGUGAUUGAUCGUGCUCUGGGUGAGAAGCAGGAAGGUGGCUCUGUAGUGUCUGUAUACAUUAACCGUGAGCGUCAUUUUGCUUUCGUGGAACUACGCACCAUUGAGCUCACCACGGCAUGCAUGAACUUGGAUGGUGUGUCGUACAAUGGCCAGCCUUUAAAGAUUCGCCGUCCGAACGACUAUAAUCCUGGUACGGUCCCUACGGAUCUCGGGCCAAUCCCGCAGCUAAAUUUGGCUGCUUUGGGAAUUGUAUCGACUACUGUGAGUGACGGUCCGGGUAAGAUUUUCGUUGGCGGUUUGCCGUAUCAUUUGAACGAAGAGCAGGUGAAGGAACUGCUGCAAGCGUUCGGUCCAUUGCGAUCAUUCCAUCUUGUAAAAGAGCUAAGCUCAAACCUCUCAAAAGGUUAUGGGUUUUGCGAAUACAUGGAUGUGAACGUGACUGACGCUGCGUGCCUUGGACUUAACGAUAUGAGACUGGGGGACAAGACUCUUACGGUGCGUCGAGCAAUGUCACAGGAGAAUGCCAAGGCGGUCGCAAGCGCUGCAGGCACAGUGAACACGGGUUUAGAACUGGGUUUAGAUCCGUCGCAGGCUGCGAUGCAAGCGAUGAGUCUGGCAGGGAUAACAAGCGUGCCACUUGGUCCACCUACUAGAGUUAUUGUGCUGCAUAAUAUGGUCACACCGGAAGAGCUUGAGGAUGAAGAGGAGUACGCAGACAUUGUAGACGAUAUUAAGGGUGAAUGCGAGCGGUUUGGAGCCGUUCCGUCGUUGUUGCUUCCGCGUCCUCGUGAUGGUGUUCUCAGUGCCGUUGGUAAGGUCUAUGUUGAGUUUAGCGAUGUGCAAUCGGCCCAGAAUGCAGCCGCAGAGCUUCAUGGUCGCGGGUUUUCUAAUCGAACGGUGGCCGUCGAGUUCAUGGAUGAAGGAAAGUAUGCGCGUCGGGAGAUUACUUAG